UCAUAAAGAUGUCAAAAUAAAUAUUGGUUGACAUACAGAUAUGUCUCAUAUUAUACUGUUGAAUAACAAGCCUUAUGUGUAUGCUUGGGAGCUUCUAAUGAUUAAAUAAACCAAGUUAUAACCAUGACCGCAAUUUUAGAAAGACGCGAAAGCGCAAGCCUAUGGAAUCGUUUUUGCGAUUGGAUCACUAGCACUGAAAACCGUCUUUACAUUGGAUGGUUCGGUGUCUUAAUGAUUCCUACCCUAUUGACUGCAACCUCUGUAUUCAUUAUCGCUUUCAUUGCAGCUCCUCCAGUAGAUAUUGAUGGUAUUCGUGAACCUGUUUCCGGUUCUCUUCUUUAUGGAAACAAUAUUAUUUCCGGUGCUAUUAUUCCUACCUCUGCAGCCAUUGGUCUGCAUUUCUAUCCCAUCUGGGAAGCAGCUUCUGUUGAUGAAUGGCUAUACAACGGUGGUCCCUAUGAGCUAAUCGUUCUACACUUCCUACUUGGUGUAGCUUGCUAUAUGGGUCGUGAGUGGGAGCUUAGCUUCCGUCUAGGUAUGCGUCCUUGGAUUGCUGUUGCAUAUUCAGCUCCAGUAGCAGCAGCUACUGCUGUUUUCUUGAUUUACCCUAUUGGUCAAGGAAGUUUCUCUGAUGGUAUGCCUCUAGGAAUCUCUGGUACUUUCAAUUUCAUGAUCGUAUUCCAGGCUGAACACAAUAUUCUUAUGCAUCCAUUUCACAUGUUAGGUGUAGCUGGCGUAUUCGGCGGCUCUCUAUUUAGUGCUAUGCAUGGUUCCUUGGUAACUUCGAGUUUGAUCAGGGAAACUACCGAAAAUGAGUCUGCUAAUGCAGGUUACAAAUUUGGUCAGGAAGAAGAAACCUACAAUAUUGUAGCUGCUCACGGUUAUUUCGGCCGAUUGAUCUUCCAAUAUGCUAGUUUCAACAACUCCCGUUCUCUACAUUUCUUUUUAGCUGCUUGGCCAGUAGUAGGUAUCUGGUUUACUGCUUUGGGCAUCAGCACUAUGGCUUUCAACUUAAAUGGAUUCAAUUUCAACCAAUCUGUUGUUGACAGUCAAGGUCGUGUAAUUAACACUUGGGCCGAUAUCAUUAAUCGUGCUAACCUUGGUAUGGAAGUGAUGCACGAGCGUAACGCUCACAACUUCCCUCUGGAUCUAGCUGCUGUUGAAGCUAAUUCUAUAGACGGCUAAUUACUCAAUCCGAUGAAUUGUUAGUGUCUUUCAAUCCUUGAAAAGCAAAAAAGAAAGCAGUACCAAAACCGAAAGGUUUGGUACUGCUUUUUUCCGUCUAAUUUUUCCGUCAUAAAACUAAAAGUUAUUGCGAGCAGAGCACAAUAACUUUUAUUGUGCAUCCAGCAGGAAUUGAACCCGCGACUUCCCAAUUAUGAGUUGGGUGCUUUAACCAUUCAGCCAUGGAUGCAUAUUAAUAAUAAUAAUAAGUAUCGGCUCAGAUCUUAAAUUGGAUACCAAAAACUAUUGUUUUCAACAAACAAAUAAAGAAAUGUAACGAACUUGCUCGAGAGUUGUAUUGAAGGUUAUUUAUCUUGCAAUGCAUCACUUUGAUGUCCGGUCAGAGCUUGCCAACAGAACUGAAGAGUUCAUAACUAACUAAUAAUAUAAUAGUUUCAUUAUUAGUUCAUUUUCGGGGCUUAGAACCAUUCUUCUUGAAAUGGAAUGACCGUAGACAGAGACUGUCAAUUAGUUUGG